AUGGAGGAAGAUGGACGCGUGGGUUCUCUGAUCCCGGAUCAUCCGGUUCUUGGGGAGAAAGAGAGAUGGGUGACUCACGUCAAGGACGGGAACGAGACGCGAUUGACUUUGACUCUGCCGGUCAUCAAUUCUAGCUCCAACAUCGCCAUGGUGGUGGCUGGUUCUGCAAAUGCCAAUGCAGUUUAUCAUUCUCUAAUGGAUCGAUAUGAUCCACAAGCUCCUCAACGCGUGUUUCCUGCUAAACUCAUCGCACCUGAAGAAGGAGACAUCGUGUGGUACCUGGAUAAAGAUGCUGCUUCCAGGAUCUUCAAGGAAGAACUCCGUAUCGAAAAACGCCCUUAUUAG